GUCAGAUUUGAUUGUUCAACGAGGUUUAACGUUAUACGUUGGGGACUCUAGUGCUGAUAAUCUUGUUUAAUUUUCUACUUGAUUUUAAUUUACAGUUCAAAUUCUGUUUGUGACUUAUCGGCUGUUGAGUGUGUUGUCAAAGUGGUAGGUUAAGAGUAGUUGGUGCUGUGGAAAUUUUAAUAUUUCUUGAUGAUUGGACUUUAUAUGUAGGAUACAGUUUUGGAGCAAUUGUUACGUAUAUGGUUAAGGAGCACUGAGUAACAUAAGAUAUCAGGAAAACUUUUGGGCUCCAAAAUGGAAUUCGAGGAUGACUUCUUCUUUGAGGAGGACAAAAUGUUGGUUUUGUCGAGACCAUAAGCUUUUAUUUUCAUAUUCAACGUGCUUCCUUGCAGUUUCAAUGUUCUUCCUUUCUCUUGUAAUAUGCAUGCCUCGCUGCCAUGGUGCGGUGGAACAGUUUAACGGAUAAUUCGUUGCUGCCUGCAGAAGAUCCAUUGGAGACUGAUGCGAAUAGAUGGUUGCAGAAUGAUGAUCGUAAUAUUCUGACCACCGUGCCACUAGCUAGUGUCGAGUUGCAUCAGCUGGCCAUGAUGGAAGAUCGCAUGGGGAUGACCAUAACUUCUGGGAGUGUCACUAUUCAAAAAGAUAGCAGUAAUCUCAUUGGUAUCAGUAUCGGAGGAGGUGCACCUCUAUGUCCAUGCCUCUACAUUGUUCAAGUAUUUGAUAAUACCCCAGCAGCCUUAGAAGGUACUCUACAAUCAGGGGAUGAACUAGUGGCUGUGAAUGGAGCUUCCGUCAAAGGGAAAACAAAAGUCGAGGUAGCAAAAAUGAUACAAGCUUGCGAUACGCAAGUGAAUAUCAAUUAUAAUAAAUUACAUGCUGAUCCGCGACAAGGACGUACAUUGGACAUAGCACUGAAGAAGGUCAAGCAUAGACUAGUCGAAGGAAUGGGCAGUGCAACAGCAGAUGCACUUGGACUUUCACGUGCAAUUUUGUGCAAUGAUGCACUGGUUCAAAGACUAGCUGCACUACAACGUACGGAGAAUCUGUACAGAGGACUUGUUGCACAUGCCAAAGCGACAUUGCGCGCCUUCUUUGAUCUUACGCAAAUCUAUAAAGCAUUCGGCGACACGUUUGCUGCUAUUGGAGUAAGAGAACCGCAACCACGCGCCAGCGAGGCUUUCAGACAAUUCGGCGAACAGCACAGGCAAAUGGAGAAAUUCGGUGUAACAAUGUUAAAAUCAGUAAAACCAAUUCUAAGCGAUCUUGGUACAUACCUUCAUAAGGCUAUACCAGAUACAAGAUUGACCAUCAGUAAAUACGCGGAUGCGAAAUUUGAGUAUCUUUCGUAUUGCCUGAAGGUCAAGGAACUUGAUGACGAGGAACAGAGUUAUGCUGCUCUUCAGGAACCAUUGUACCGUGUAGAAACAGGAAAUUAUGAGUAUCGUCUAGUACUUAGAUGCAGGCAGGAAGCACGCGCACGCUUUGCCAAGCUUAGAUCAGAUGUCCUGGUGAAACUUGAACUCCUGGACAACAAGCAUGUUCAAGAUGUUGUGUGGCAGUUGCAAAAAUUUGCAUCUGGAUUGGCAAAGUAUCAUGCCAAUACUAAAGACCUUUUAUCGACAGUUACAUUGUUCCCGGUGGAAGUGGAUCUAUCGCAGACUGCCUUUCAAUAUAAAAGUGCUGGACAACAGUCAUCCGUUGAGAGUGAGGAUGGCGAUUAUGAGGCCGAUGAGAAGGUCGAUGAAAAUGAUGAUUCGCUGAUGCCAUCAACAGGAAAUUUAAUAUCUACAGAUAUUGAUGAAAUGUAGCGACGUUAUUUGUUGCCUCUUGAGUUACUUAUAUUCUGAUUGUCAUCAUUCAAUGUUACCAUUGAUUCAAUGACAAAACAGCUUAAGUUUACUUGAAUUUUACGCAAUAAUCGUUCAUCAAUGACAUUCCUAAUUCUGGAUCUUCUGUACUUAUAGUUUCGAUUUUUGUUGCAAAUAUGAUGGGAAAGGUUAUAUGAUUGACUUGCCAUUACUCGAAAUAAUUUAUAUCGUUUAUGAGUCGGAUCUGUUAGUUAUUAAUGAUCUCUAAAAUAUAUCGCUUAUUCCUACCAAAGAUAAAUAUACGUUUAAAGCGAAGCAACAAAAGAUUAGAUAAAUGAAAAGCUAUGUCUAAUUGUCUAUUCAUUAAUGCUAAUGGUACAAAUGUAAGCUUAGGGCAAUAUACAAUAAUUUUAUUAACAAUA